UUUUCUACCCGGUGCCAAUUUACUGUAACCACGCUGGUAUCAUGCUGUUGAUGUUUGUGCGUUUCGUCCAACAGUUUUGUUGACAUAUUUACAAAAAUCAAGAGUAUCAUUUCUCAAGUGGUCGAGUUUAUUGAUGUUCUUCUCGUAUCUUUUACAGAAAAUAUGUUCGUUGAAACUGUCUGAGCUACGUAUUAAUAAUUCACCAUGAAGAUCAAACGUCAGAAACACGCAAAGAAAACCAUCAGUUUUUAUAAGUACAACUUUUGCUUUAGGGAACCUUUCCAAAUAUUAAUUGAUGGGACGUUUUGUCAGGCGGCGUUAAAGAAUAAGAUUCAAAUCAAAGAGCAAUUGCCAAAGUACCUCAUGGGAGAAGUUCAGCUCUGUACCACAAACUGCGCCUUGAAGGAACUUGAAUCUCUUGCAAAAGACCUCUAUGGAGCAAAACUCAUCUUACAGAGAUUUCAGAUAAGGAAAUGCAAACACAUGAAAGAUCCAUUACCUGCAUCGGAGUGUUUGUUGUCAAUGCUUGGGGAGACAAAUCCACACCACUACUUCAUUGCAACUCAGGAUCAAGAGUUGACGACGGCCCUGAAGAAGAUUCCUGGGGUUCCUCUGCUCUACAUUAUCCUCAACACCAUGGUGUUAGACAAGCCCUCUGAACGCUCGCUGAAGCAUGUUGAAGCGGUUCAGCUGGGUGAGUUAGUGAGCCCAUCACAACAGCUAAGCAUCCAGAGUCUGAAAGAGAAGGAGGGCCUCAGCAAAGACAAUAAUGACAAGAGAGGCAAAAAACGUAAGAGGAAAUCCAGCAAUCCCAACCCACUUAGCUGCUUGAAGAAGAAAAAGAAACCCAUGCCUCAACAGCCCAAAAAGACAGAUGGAGAGAAAAAAAAGCGGAAGAGAAAUAAAAAGCGAAGACCUGCUGGGGGAGAAGAAGCGACAGUGGCAGUCAGCUCCAAUCCCACAACUGCCUAGAGACAAGCCUUGCUUCUAUAAGACUACCAGUUAUUGUUUGUUUCUAAGCAUUUUUAUUGUAAAUUUUGUCCUUUUCCUAGACCAUGAAUUUAUGCCUCCAAAGCACUUGCUUUGUCUUAUAAACAAGUGUUUCUUUUAUUAUCAAAA